GCUGCACACGGUACCACAUCCAAAGCUGUAACGAAUUGCAGCCGUCGAUCCACUAUGUACCAACACUCAGUAUAAAUACGGCAAGCAAAGCACGAGCCAUUGCCAAGCCUGCAAAAGCGCGUCUCGAUCCAAUCGAGCUCAACGAAGUUGGCCAUGGAUUCCGUCAAUUCCUUCAAAGGCUACGGCAAAGUCGACGAGCUAGAAGAAGCUGCGUUCCGGAGAAAAACUCGCCGGCGAUUCAUCAUUCUCUCGAUCUCCUUAGUUGUGUUGAUUGUUCUCAUUAUCGGAGUUGUUGCAGGAACUUUGGCUCGGAGGAACAGAUCCGGCGAAGUUCCGGCGAGUCCGACGUCGUCGUCCGCAGCGAUUAAGUCUCUCUGCAGCGUGACAGAGUAUCCUGAAUCGUGCUUCGCGAGUUUGAAGGCUUCGAAUUCGACGAAUCCGGAUGAGAUUUUCCGGUUGUCGUUGACGGUGGUUAUGGAUUCAUUGGAGAAGCUAUCGAGUUUUCCAGACGAGCUCGCGAAAAGGACGGAGGAGCCGAGGGUGAAGGCGGCGCUGAAGGUGUGCGGUACGGUGCUAAACGACGCCGUUUCGGUUCUGAACGAUUCGAUUUCGUCGGUGAGCGAGGAUGGUGGAAAGGUCGCCGUCGACGACUUGAAGACGUGGCUGAGCGCCGUCGUGACGGAUCAGGAGACGUGUAUCGACGCGCUGGAGGAGGUGAAUUCGACAUUCACCGGAGAAGUCAAGCAUCUGAUGAAAAACUCCACGGAGUUCGCGAGCAACAGUCUGGCAAUUGUCUCGAAGGUUCUAGGGAUUUUAGGCGGUUUCAAAGUUCCGAUCCACCGGCGGUUGCUCGGAGCGCCGUUCCCGGAGUGGACUGCAGCAGGCGACCGGAGGCUUCUCCAGGAGUUCGCACCGCCGCCGAAUGUGACGGUGGCGGCGGACGGCAGCGGAGAUGUACGGACAAUCAAAGAGGCGGUGGAUUUGAUACCGAAGAAGAGCGAAUCUCGAUUCGUUAUCCACGUGAAGGCAGGAACGUACGUGGAGAAUGUGGUGUUGGACAAAUCUCGGUGGAAUGUGAUGAUUUACGGCGACGGCCAGGACACCACCAUUAUUUCCGGCAGCAAGAACUUCGUGGACGGCACGCCGACCUUCGAAACGGCGACGUUUGCCGUCGCCGGGAAAGGCUUUAUGGCGCGCGACAUAACCUUCAAGAACACGGCGGGCGCCGCCAAGCACCAGGCGGUCGCCUUCCGAUCGGGCUCCGACCAAUCGAUUCUCUACCGUUGCACAUUCGACGCCUUCCAAGACACUCUCUACGCGCACUCGAACCGCCAAUUCUACCGCGAGUGCAACAUCACGGGCACAAUCGACUUCAUCUUCGGCAACUCCGCCGUCGUCUUCCAAAAAUGCGCAAUCCUCCCUCGGCAGCCGCUCCCCAACCAGUUCGUGACCAUCACCGCGCAGGGCAAGAAGGACCCGAAUCAGAACUCGGGGAUCGCCAUCCAACGGUGCACGAUGGCCCCUCUCGACGCCCUCACCGCCCCGACGUAUCUGGGCCGUCCGUGGAAGGACUUCUCGACCACGGUGGUCAUGGAGACCGAAAUCGGGGGGUUCUUGCACCCGAAAGGGUGGAUUUCGUGGGUCGCGAAUGUGGACCCGCCCGAAUCCAUUUCGUACGGGGAGUUUCGGAACGCCGGACCCGGGUCAAAUACUACGGGCCGGGUUUCUUGGGUCGGGUAUAGGCCGAGGAUGAGCGAUGCUGAGGCGGGUAAAUACAGCGUUCAAAGGUUCAUUGAGGGAGCUUCUUGGUUGCCAGGUAAGAGUGUUACUUACGAGCCUAAUUAAUUGAUUCACCAUUUUGUGUAUACUUAUUAUGUUUUUUGAUUGAUGAUUGUGCUUUUUAUUUGUGUACAUCUUCGCUUGAUUAAAGAUUAUAAAGGAUGUGUUUGCUUUGUCA